AUGUUCAUCCGCGCCGAACACUCUACGCGCAUGCCGUUCCUGCGCCAUCUAUCACUAGCGAUACAUCCUCCGUCCGCCGAGCUCUCAAGCGCGCUGAAGGAUCUCUUACUCGAACUGGCACCCCUUGGGAGAAUUCAGAGUCUCAGGAUCGCACCCUCGGAAGCAUAUAUUUCCUCAGAUCCCGAACUUGCCGGUGCGCUGACUGCCUUAUCUAGUCUGACCCAUCUUGAAUUUCGUGGGGCAAAGGCCAUAUCCUGUGGCGUCCUCGACGGGAUCAGGUCCCCUCUGGAGUCCGUGAACAUCAGGUUGAUAGAAAACUGGGAACGGCUCUCCCCUGACGAAGCGGAUUACGAUGACAACAUCUCCUGCAAUGCGUAUGACAACGCAGUCGACGUCGUUGGGCACCUCCACCGUUUCCAGGAUACUUUGAGGCAGGUGGAGCUCGUAUAUCCCCUCAAGUCCGCCCCCGACUGGCCUGCCCUUCCUCGUGUAGAGCUACUGAUGAUCAAUUAUUUCUACGCUCCUAUCACUUUGCACUACGUCCGGGCGUUUCCGAACCUCGUUCACCUGGUCGUAGGAGACGUCAUUGACUUCUGGGGCAACAUGCUUCACACAACCGUUCACGAGCAUCGCGAGUGCAACAGAGCGCAACAAGCGGAGUACUACCGCGCCUGGCCAUCUCUCCGGACCUGCGGCGGAACACUUCACGCCUUGUACAUGUUCGCCCUCCCGUUCCACAUCGCGAGGUUGACGAUCCAGUGCAUAUCGCGUUGCCUCUGCGGCGUCGAGCCCGCCUGGCUGAGCGCUGUCUUGGACGACGUGCGACCUUCCCACUUGCAGCUACACAUAUGGCCUGUGACCCACUUGCAUUCCGUCUGGGCCGACGCAUUCCGCACAGCACUAACUGGGGAGCGGGACCAUCCAUUGGAAUCGCUUCACUUCAUGCUACGUCUUUCAGCGGCUGACAUUGAUCUGAAGAACAAGCUCCUUGAGCUGGUACGUGGGCUCUCGUCUCUGACCCUAUUUUCCAUGGAGAUUAUCUGUGACGGGAUAUUGGAGAUACCAUACUUCGUGAUGGCCGCUCAACCCGAGGACCAUUGGUCAAGGCCGCUCCUCGGUUCGUUCGAUCCCGGUUUCCUGUUUUGUGUCGAGGACGAACUGCGAGAGACGGAUAUGGGUGUGGUGGCGAAACGAUUCUUGGACGCUGUACCGUCUUUGAAGGAGGUCGCGAUACGAUGGAAGGGACGUCGUCAGUUGCCAAUUGAUGUGGUCGAUAUACGCCUACGGAGGCGGAAGGACCCAGUGGGUCAAGGGGAGAUCGUGGAAAGCGAAAUGAAGGUGCUGAUCCAUAAGGAGGAUGGUCAAGGUAUUGAUGAAGAGGAGACGGACUGGGAGAGCGAGGAACAUGAAGCAGAUGAUGACGACGACGAAGAUUACGUGCCGGAUGAUGAAGAUUAUGACGGCGACUCGGAUAGCACUAGCGGUUCAGAAGAUGAAGAGGAUAACGAUGUGGUUCCUGGCGAGGACUGUCAAAGCUGGUCUGCGGGGUCGUGA